AUGCUCGUAGCGCGCGCGCUUUUCUUACGAUGUCCGAAGAAGCUUUGGUGGGGCCAAACAGACUCAGCGACAUACUACCGCAAUCCAGCCGGUGAUAACAUGGAAUGUAAAACUUUCAAUGAUCACUGGGAAAGCUUCGACGAUUUUAAGGAACAGUUUUUGAGUAAAUGGGAAGUAAUGUUACCCAUCAACAGCGAAGAAUGGCUAACCGAACCCAUUCAUCAUCCUAAGUUUAAAAAUGGAAACCAGAGUAGAAUCACAGAAUUUGUACAACGAAGAGGACGAUUGUGUGAGGAUUGUGGCCUAGAACGAAGGUCAGGAGGAAACAACGGAGAAUUUAGCGGACCAAAAUACUCUAUAUGUUCUGGAAGUAGAACCUGCCGCCAAGAAAAAGAAGAUUACGAAAGGGAAAACUCUUCAGACGACUCAGAAGAAGACUAUUCAGAACAAUCAUUUAAUGAAAUGGUUACAUAA